AUGACAUCUUCUUCCUCAUCUCACCAUGCUUUCUUUGACAUUCAACCUGACGGCAUAAGGAGAACAGCAGAAGGAUCUUCCAAAAUUUUUGAUGUGUUCAUUAACCACAGAGGUCCUGAUUGCAAAGAUACUCUGGCUAUGCAGCUUUACAAUUUGCUGAAGGAACUUGGAAUAAGGGCGUUUCUUGAUUCAGAAGAGAAGGAGCUUGGAGUUUCUUUUCCUUCUACAAUUGAAAUAGCCAUCCAUUCCGCUUCAGCUCACGUGGCUAUCUUUUCCAAAAGAUAUGUAGAAUCGGCCUGGUGUUUGGUGGAGUUGCUUCUCAUGUUACAAAGUAGAUUUAAGAUUAUUCCAGUGUUCUAUGGUGUCAAGCCUUCCGAUCUUCGCUACAUAGAAAAGGGCGUGUAUGCCGAUGCAUUCGGUAAACAUGAAGAGAAGGGCAAGUACAUGCAAAAGCUUAAGGAGUGGAAAGAAGCUCUCCAUUCUAUUUCAUUUACCACAAGCUAUGAAAUCAAUAAUUUUAAGUAA